UAAUCAUACACCCAUACAUACAGCGCUGCAUGUAGUGCACGUGUGAUGGUUUCGCACUACCACUGUGUAGAAUUACUGUUUUUUGCCUGUCAUUUGAGAGCUUCCGUUAGCAUCAUGUCGUCGUUCAAAAAAGCUGCAAAAUCUGCCCAGAAGACAUACAAGGAAAGGUCACAGCCUGCCAGCAGACAUAACCUGGGCUUGCUGGAGAAGAAGAAAGAUUACAAACUACGAGCCAAGGAUUACCAUGAAAAGCAAAACAAGUUGAAGAAGUUGCGUAGGAAAGCACUUUUUCGAAAUCCGGAUGAGUUUUAUUUCAAGAUGGUCAGCUCUCGACUUGAGGAUGGGGUCCAUAAACGCCUCAAGAAGGAAGAGACAGUAACUGCGGAGCAGGAGAAGUUGAUGGCGACUCAAGAUAAGAAAUAUGUCAACUAUAAGCUUGCUGUGGAAACCAAGAAAAUUGAGAAGCUACGUUCAACCUUGCACCUGGUUGAAGAAGUAACAGAGAAGCCACAAAAUAAACACAUCUUUUUUGUUGACACGAAGGAAGAAGUUGAUUCAUUUGAUAUUACAUCGCACCUUGGGAAAUUGCAAUCAGCGACCUCACCCCCUCUGGAUGAAACCAGUGAAGAUAUACUGGAAAUGGAGAAAGCCAAGAAAUACCGUGAACUAUCCCAACGAAAAAAACGACAGAAAGAGUUAAAAAUCAUUGGAGAUAAGAUGGAGGCCAGAACGCUGAAGAAGGAUAAGAGAAGGAAGGUCCUAGUUAAGGGAGAGACACAGACGGCAUCAGCAGUCUACAAAUUCUACCCCGAGAGGAAAAGAUGACACUUGUUGUCAGGAUGAGACUGAGAGAUUGGUCGUCAAGGAAAUAAUCAGAAAGGGGGCGGGGGGAGCUAAGAAAGAGGAGCAGUAAUUGUGGUUCUCUUGCGUGCUGCUCUUCUUGGUCACUGGUAAAGACAGUUGUCGCAUGCCGUUGCCGAUCGGUCUCAUGCAGAAAUGGCAGAGAAAGUGACUAGUCAAGAGCCUAGAAACUAGUCAGUAGUUACCGAAAGUGUUUGCGUCAAGCGAGGUUGUGCAUGAUAUUUUGAAGAUACCUUUAAUAAGGGGAACAUCUAUUAAGUAUGCAAAUCAUUAGCUUCCCACAAGAAAAACUGAAUAAUUUGUUAUUAAAUUUGUAGCCGAAUACUUUCUUUUCAGAAGUUUUCUUGAGAAUGGCUCAAAUGUGUUUUUUAAGCCACUCAAGAAAAACAGCAUUCAUUCGGCACACUAAAAUAAUCGGACAGGGAAUCACUCCACCAUACCAGUCAGUCUGCGACAUUGUAACUAACAAGACCCCAGGACACUUUGCUUCAGUGCGAUAUCCUCAAAACAACUGCUCAGAUUUCCUUACAUAAGUUUAUUACCCUUUUGUGCAGUUUGUCUGCUCUUAAUGUACACAGCCCCAUAGGAAAUUACUGUGAUCGAUAGUUCUUACCUUAUAGAUGUCCGAUCUUGCAAAUCUGUGUAAAUGGGCCCGUGUACAUGAACAACAUAAUAGGAGAUACUGAAAAAUGGGCAAAAACAUGGCUGUCAAUUGCUCUCUUGCAUUGAGUGGCCAUCUCGUAUUCCCGGCUGUACAUGUACAUGCUUUGGAUGCUUGAAAAGGUAAUGUGCUCCACCGCUGUGCAAAACUCUUCCAAUUUAUUAAAUUUGUAGCCAGAUACUUUCCUUUUAGAGUUUUCUUCAGAAUGGAGCAAAGAUGUUUUCCAAGACACUCAAGCAAAACAAAAUUGAACUGAAGCAAAUUGGUUGCAGCGAAAAUUGUGGAUUUCGAAGAAUUUGUAUGAUUAAAAACUCGUAAGUUAAUUACA